AUGUGUUCCAGACAAAGCUCCGGAGGCUGCCAUGGGAUGUCCUCCCAGUCCAGCGGGUGCCACAGCGGAGGCUCCAGUUACCAGUCCCAAGGCUCCUCCUGCUGCGGGGGCGGAGGGGGCUCCGGCAAAGUCAUCAUCAGCUCUGGUGGUGGAGGAGGGGGAUCCUGCUGCAGUGGGGGCUCCUCUGGAUAUGGGAUAGGAGGGGGAUACGGUGGUGGCUCGUCAGGAUCAAAGAGCAUCAUUGGAGGUGGAGGUAGUGGAGGUUCCUCUGGAUGCUGCAGUGGGGGCAGCUACGGGAUGGGCGGAGGAUAUGGUGGAUCUUCUGGAUCAAAGACCAUCAUUGGAGGUGGAAGCAGUGGAGGUUCCUCUGGAUGCUGCAGUGGAGGAUCCAGCUAUGGGAUGGGUGGAGGAUAUGGUGGAUCUUCGGGAUCAAAGAGCAUCAUUGUAGGGGGAGGUUCCUCUGGAUGCUGCAGUGGGGGCUCCUCCAGCUAUGGAAUGGGUGGAGGAUAUGGCGGAUCUUCGGGGUCAAAGAGCAUCAUUGGAGGUGGAAGCAGUGGAGGUUCCUCUGGUUACUGUGAUGGAGGAUCUUCAGGAUAUGGCAUGGGUGGAGAAUGUGGUGGUGUGUCUUCAGGAACCAAGAUCAUAUUGGGAGAGGGAAGCAGUGGUGGAUCCUCUGGAUGCUGCGGUGGAGGAUCCAGCUAUGGGAUGGGUGGAGGAUAUGGUGGAUCCUCGGGAUCAAAGAGCAUCAUUGUAGGGGGAGGUAGUGGAGGUUCCUCUGGAUACUGUGGUGGAGGAUCUUCAGGAUAUGGCAUGGGAGGAGGGUACGGUGGUGGCUAUUCAGGAGGGAAGACCAUCAUUGGAGGAGGAAGCAGUGGUGGAUCCUCUGGAUGCUACGGCGGAGGAUCCGGCUAUGGGAUGGGAGGAGGAUGCAGCAGCAGCUCCUCAGGCCAGACCAUCAUCAUCAGCUCUGGAGGUGGCAGCGGAGGCUCCUCCCAGCAGAAAUGUCCCAUUGUCAUCCCCAGCGUGGUGUCCCACCAGACCAAGCAGAGCUCCUACUGGCCCUACGGCCAGCAGAAGUAA